CCACCUGCGAAAAGUUUCCAUUGCAUGACACUCUCACAUGCGGUCAGACUGUCAAAUUAGGCCUGCCGCGGUAUGCAUGAUGCUAUGUGUGUGUCGAAGUUUUUAUGCGUAGUUUUGGGAGAGCUAUUGAAGCGGUCGUAGUGUUCCCCGGUUUUAGUACACAAGUUUCGUCCACAACUGAGAGGUGGUGCUGAAGGAGCUUUACUUUCCAGAACGUCAGCGUUUAUUGUAGGCUAUUGCCACUGAUUUGUAGUGCUUUCAUUCCGGACCAUGCGGUCAAUUUAUGGUUUAAUUCUUGUUGUCGCCGCCGCCACAUUUUAUCUAUACAUUCUGUCCUGUAACCUUCCGCUUGGACAGCGACAUCGCCGGGAAGAUGAAGGCGAAAAGUCUGACGACAACUUGGAGAACGACAUGAAUGUAGAAGAAUACAGUCUGAAGUUUCCGUCUGACCUGGAGGAGCUGAGGGAGCUGGCGGAGACGCUACAGUUCUACAAGACGGAGCACAAAGAAUAUGUGCUGCUGCUCUUCUGCAGCGCCUACCUCUACAAGCAGUCCUUCGCCAUCCCUGGGUCAUCAUUUCUGAACAUGCUUGCGGGGGCGCUGUUUGGUCCAUGGCAGGGCUUGUUCAUUGCUUGCCUGCUCACCACUGUGGGCUCCACUAACUGCUACUUCCUGUCCCGCACCUUUGGGAAACACUACAUAGUGCGGUUGUUCCCAGACAAAGUGGCCGUACUGCAGAGGAAGGUUGAAGAAAACCGGAGUAGUCUGUUUUUCUUUCUGCUCUUCCUAAGAUUUUUCCCUAUGACUCCUAACUGGUUCCUAAAUGUCACGUCCCCUAUCCUCAACAUCCCCAUCAACAUGUUCUUCCUCACAGUCUUCAUCGGCCUGAUCCCGUACAACUUGAUCUGCGUGCACACGGGCGCCAUCUUGUCGGAGAUCUCCUCCAUGGACGACAUCUUCUCCUGGGGAACGCUGCUGCAGCUGCUGGCCAUCGCCUGCGCCGCCCUGCUGCCCGGGGCGCUGAUCCAGCGCUACAGCCACGCCCGCCUCAAACUGGACGGCCUGGAGCCCAACGGACACGCCCCGGACAAGAAGACCCAGUGACCCCCCGCUGCGCAGCCCCCCCUCGCGGUGCCUCAGUUUGAGGAGGGCGGUCCGAAGAACGUCUUAAUAACAAAUCUACCGAGAGGCCUCGACCACAGAGUUAGACAGGAAACAGGGUUGAACUGUCUUGAAAAUUGCUUCUUUUUUUUUCUUUUUCAAACCGUUUCAGUCGUAUAUUGAUAAUUACCAUGUUUACUGUGAGGAGUGAUAGUGCUGUUCAGUCCUGGGACUGCUAUUCUGAAAGGGCAGAUUUGCGUCUGAUUACCGUUCUGUGUUUUGCACCGUGGUAAUACUGCUGAGCUUGGUAUUGUGUAUCUUUUCAGUCUGGAGACAGCAGGAAGAUCAGGAUGAGAUUUGUUAUACAGGAAUUUAUCUACAGACAAAACUGUGUGUGUGUGUGUGUGUGUGUGUGUGAGCGAGCUGUCUAUGCCGACUAUCGAUUGUCAGUUUCUGUGAAAUCAAACUCCUUCGUCUCUCAGUGUGUCUGCUGACCUCGACAUUGUCCCAUAGGUCCCACGGGAUAUGCGUUCAACCACUCCAGCGUCCACAUUGUAGUCACGGCCACACACUGGGAUUGUGGGAUUUUGGUGAAACGGUGAUCAGCCAGGUGCCUUAAUGUACGUCUUGAUUCAUUCCCUGUUUUACUGCAGUGGUACAACUGCAUGACUAACUCAGAGGACAAGCCCAUCCACCUAAGCCUUGACUGCCUUCUGGUUGAGUACAGAACAUUGUUCAUUUAGCUUCAGAAUAUAUAGCAGGGAUCAUCAACUCUGGCCCUCGAAUCCAAAUCCAGCCCUGGUUUUCUUUUCUCCCGGGUAAUUAGUGCUACUGAUUGGCCAGACUGUCUUCACACCUGACUCCCAGUCAAAGGGAGGGUGGAAAACCAGCCGUUCUCGGUCCUCAAGGACCGUAAGUUGCUGAUCCCUGAUAUAUAGGAUGCACAGACAUGCUUCCAGGCAGCCUUUGUGUAAGUCGAGAUUUUUACAAACUUUGAAGUGUCACGUAGAUGAGGUAGAAGGAUUUCAGUUUUUCCAAGAUUUGCUUUAAGGGUAUUGCUCUGCAUAUACUUUUCUGAGUGGAUGUGGCUUUCAUGUGCCUACCUAUAUUGUUACUAUGUGUGGAUGUGGCGUUAUAUGUCUUGCCUAAACUGUGGAUUUGGAAUUUUGUGUGUUUUUAAAUACUCACUUUUGUUACUAUAGCAACAGCACCAUACAUGGCAUUUACUAGUGCCAAUGUGAAAGAUACAUUUCCUGAAAUGUUUUUUAAUCUUUUGAAUGAGAACAGAUGUAUUGCACUCAUACAAAUUGCACUGAAAAUGUAUGAAGGCGGCAUUGCAAGCUUGUGAAAAUAUAUAACAAUUGUAGUUUUGUAUUAAGUAUAUUUAUUAUGCCAGUGUAGAAUGUCCCUGUAACUCCUCCUGGGUGGACAUUAAUUGUAUGCACUUUUGACAUUUUUUUUGCCAAACGUAUGUUGCCAUGGCACCUCUGAAUGUAUUUUAAAAUGCUCUAGACCAGGGGUUCUUAACUGGGGGUCCACUGAUCCCUGAGGGCUUUGAGGGGAUCUGUGAACCGGUUGGAAAAUGUGUAUUUUUUUACUUUGAUCUCCUUCCUCCUACUUAAUGUUUUUAAAAAAAGAACUAUCUCCGAUAAGUGUUACGGAUUAAAUAGUUGCCAAUUAUUGAAAAGGCAACACUUGAAAACCAAAAUUUUCCAUGUGCACUUCUGACCAAGAGUAUCUGGAUUCCUGAUGCACCACGCUCAGAUUCAGCAUUCAUCUCUCUCUGUUUGUCUGGUUAAUGGUCUGGUUUGUUUGGCUGUGUGAGCGGUGCAUAAAGUCUUAAGUCGUUCAGCUGUGUGAGGAUCAUCUCCGCUGUUGUUUCUGCCAGUGUUCACUUGGCACACGCUGUCUGGCAAACCUUUCGGGCGCACAAAGCCAAGUCCUACUGCAUUUGUUUACAUGUACUGUGGUGCUUUUAUAUUAAAAAUGUCAAAGUA